UGAGACGCACUCACCGUUUCAGGCUUUCAGUCGAUGUCGAGUCGUGUCGCAGGCAAGGUCUCGUCGACGCUCGCGGUGGCGCGGUCCUGAAAUUUUCGCGUAUCUACCGACGGUCGUGGCAGCAGCACUGCGGGUAAUUUCCUGCAACGUCCGAUCCCCUAAUUGCCAUUUCGAAGCUUUUUGGAUAGUUCGCCCCUUUUUGUGUGCCGAGCCUAGUGAAUGCAUAUACUGUUUGGUGUUCUGUGACUAUCUGGGCUAAAUUAUUAUUUAGGCCUGAAAACCUGUGAUAUUGUUGUUUUGAAUAUUGGUGGUGUGUUUUAGGAUAUCGUGAAAUUUUAGACGUGGUCUAACAGUUUGCGUGUUGAAUAUAUAGAGGAUGUACAGUGUUGACUUGUUGAAGUGCUAUUGAUUUCGCAGGAUUAUUUUAGUUUAAUACAUCAGAUAAAAAAAUAUCCCUUAAGCAAGGACUGUAAUGUUGAUUUCCAACAUCAAAAUAUAUUCAGCUACAUGAAAGUGAAACAGCAGAAUAUCUAAUAUCACAGUAUCCAUUAACACUAGCAUCGAAGUGGACUGUUCACUGAAAGAUCUUUGUUACCAAGUCUCAAUGGCCUACCAAACCCAUUUAACUGGUUAGCGCACUCCCAUUUAAUUCAGCUGUAGCCCUGAAGCUCUAAACUAACCUAACCAGCAAAAGUCAAAUCAAAGUGGACGCUGGCAAACAUGUUCUUCUAGUUUGUUUGCUUUGACAAGUAAACACCAAAAAAAUAAAACUGAUUAGUACAUCCUUCCAACACAAGAUGGCAUCUUCCUACAAAUUGUUUAUACUGCUGCUUCGGAUAGCAUUCGUCUUAACGCUAACCCAGUUCGUUUUAAGCGAGCAGAAAUUUGCAAUGGAGCCUCAAGAUCAAACGGCAGUUGUCGGGUCCAGGGUAACGCUGCCUUGCAGGGUUACAGGAAAAGUCGGUACUCUCCAAUGGACGAAGGACGAUUUUGGACUGGGUACGCACAGAAACCUGAGUGGAUUCGAUCGGUAUAGCAUGAUAGGAAGCGACGAAGAAGGUGACUUCUCGUUGGACAUUUAUCCGGUUAUGUUGGACGACGACGCCAGGUAUCAGUGUCAAGUAUCACCGGGCCCACAAGGUGAUCCAGGUAUUAGGAGUGACUUUGCCACUUUGACAGUCUUGGUUCCGCCCGAUCCACCCAAAAUAGUACAGGGUGAUUAUAUGGUGACGACUGAAGAUAGAGAAAUAGAGCUUGAAUGUAUCAGUUAUGGAGGGAAACCAGCAGCUGAGAUUACAUGGAUUGAUGGACAUGGAAACGUUCUAACGGAUGCGAGCGACUAUAUCGUUGAAGAAUUGCCCGAUCACAGGAGAUACACCGCGAAAUCAAUCCUGAAGUUGACGCCUAGGAAACUCCACCACAACACCACCUUCACCUGUCAAGCGCAAAAUACCGCCGAACGAACACACAGGAGCGCCAAAUUGAAACUCGAAGUGAAAUAUGCACCAAAAGUCAGCGUUUCAGUUCUCUCUGGAAUGAGUUCUAACGGCCGCAUUCCAGAAGGUAGCGAAGUGCGUCUCAGGUGUAAAGCGGACGCAAAUCCGUCCGACGUCACGUAUAAAUGGUUUCUCAACGAUGACCCCAUCGUAGGUGACUUCAACACCGAAUUGGUCCUGCACAACGUUUCGAGAAAAAAUCAUGACGCCAUCGUCAAAUGCGAAGUGCACAACGCGGUUGGAAAGAGCGAAGAGAGUCAGACGCUGGACAUUAGCUAUGGACCACAAUUUCGAACUAAACCACGAUCUAUGCAAGCGGACUUAGAUUCCACUGUCACACUUACGUGCGACGUCGAUGGCAACCCUUUUCCAGAUAUCACGUGGUAUCACGAAGACAAAAAGAAGGUGGUCAGCACCAGUCCGAAUUUAACUUUAAAGGUGGAACAUAGUACUGCUGGCCGGUACUACUGUAAAGCACACGUUUCCGGUUUUCAAGAUAUCGGUGCCGAGGCAGCCAUUUAUUUAAAAGGUCCACCAUCAAUAGUAUCCCACCGAACACAGUUUGGCAUCGAAGGUGACAACGUUCGCGUGGAAUGCACAGCUUUUUCCAUACCAGCUCCUGAGCGCGUAGUAUGGACAUUUAACGGGAGAGAAGUGGACCUACACGAUCAGGAUUACUCCAUAUUGGAAGAUCCGCUUCCUGAGGGAAUUAAAUCUACGUUGAUCAUCAGAGAGUCGCAAGAACGACACUUCGGAAUGUAUAACUGUAGCGUCACAAACCCUUAUGGAAGUGACGUGGUAGAGAUAAGCCUUAUGCCCCAAAAGAGCUUUCCGAUGUUGAUAAUCGUCGUGGGUGUCAUAGGCGCCAUUAUUCUGUUAAUCAUCGUCAUAAUGAUCAUUUUUCUCUGUCAGCGGCAGAACAACAAAAAACCACCCUCUGAGAACGCAAAUACGAUCGAAAAACAAUGUAAAGAAUCCGACAGAAGCUCGAACAUAUCCGAUUUAAAACUCGAUCUGCGAACGGGCUCGUCCAACUCCAACGUGCACUGUGAUAUGGAUUACAUUCCUGGAGCCGAAUCGGAAACUGGAAGCGAAUCCGUUAUAACGAGGAUAGGAGUGCCAUUGGCAGGACCUGUGAGCGUAGCCGGCCAAGAAAUCUAUAGAUAUUCCGCGGACUACACUGAACCCAGCUUUCCUCCUAAGGACGGUCAAAACAACAACGGCUACGUUCCGUACGUAGACUACUCGAGAGACUACAAUCCGCCGGUCAUGCAGCCACCCAUAUCCACGUCGUUGGGCAGCGAAAGUCUCCAAUCCACCCGUCUCCAACUCAACUCCCUCCAAAACCACCAAAUCGGCGGCAACGGCGCCAACACGUUGCCCCUCAACGAUCUAUCGGACCUACACAUGGCGCAGUCCAACGGAUCCAUCCCCGGGAUCGAUCCUAGGUUCAGCGCUACGUACGGCAAUCCCUACCUGCGUAAUCCCAGCGUGGGGCUUCCUACGCCCAACACGGCGAACCCGGUGGCCACGCCAGCGCCGCCGCCUUAUAGUCGCGAGAAUUCGCGUUUGGCGAUAUCCAGUAGUGGCAUGAUAACGGCCAGCGCGAACCCCGUAAACACUGUGGUGGCGAACGGUGCCAACGGUGGCGUGCCUCAAGUAACGAGACUGCCCAGUUCGCCCACCAGUCAAUACAUAGUACCUAGUUCGACGAUAAAACGCGGAACUUUGGCCACGCACGUGUAAUAUUUAGUGUAAAAAGACCUAAGGAUGAACAAUAGAGACGUAGUUACUACCAAUAACACAGCCGAAAGGUUUCGGUGCUUGGAAUUUUUAAUGUUUGUAAAUGUUCUUAGAUAAUGUUAGACCGCUGAAUUCAAAUAAUCUAUCAAAUAUACUUUCACAGCUGCACCAUGUUUUCUGUAUUAUUUCUUGAACUAAAUGUUUUUAGAUGACUACUCUGAUCUUAUUCAGAAUAAAUAAUAUCUAAGACAUUAAAAUAAGUCAUUUUUCGGCCAUAUUUUAUUAUGCGAAAGAAUCAACUUAUAAGCCAAACAAAAAAUCGCCAUUACACAAAAACUAUAAAAAAAUAACAUAUUAUAUAUUUAAAGUAAAGUUCUCUGUAUUUAAGAUCCUUGAGCAUCAAUUUUACAUAAAAGUAAUA